AUGAGCGAAUCUUCGCUAAGCCUAGAGAAGGAAACACACUACAAAGUAAUCUAUGCAAAUGUUGUUUCCCUUCAGCAUUUGAAAUUCUACCACCGAUCGUGAGAUAUUAUAAUAAUUCGGAUCUAGAAUUCUGGCAAUCAUGCCAAACCUUGUAUACAGGAAUCUACAAUGGUACCAGGUGUACUUUUGCUUUAGACAGGAAAUCUUUCGUUGUGAUAGAAAACGCUCAUUUCACUUGCAACUUGGAACUUUUUCGUCGAUGAUUGUCGCGAUUCCGAGAGUUGGGAUGACGAAUUCGAGCGGAGUGGAUUCAAAGGCAGCAGACAAAUAACUGCGAUUGAAAAUGAUUAUUGGCUUUACGCAGAUGUGAGAAACUUAUUUGUCUUUAGGACAGCAGUAACGACAUGUUCUACAAGAGUUCUUUGGAGUUCGUUUUCUCCUGAUGGUUCCCGACUUGCAACUUGUACCUCAAAUGGAUAUAUCAACAUAUGGAAUGUCAAUACGGGACAAACUGAGCAAAGUUUCAAGACAAAUCAGGAAAAAUCUAUACUUGCUUGUUGGUGGUCGGAAAAGUUUUUGUUCGUGUUUAAUUUUUGGGACAGCAUUGCCAGCUUAUGGAAAUAUCCGGUGGACGUUCAUUUAAAGAUCCUUUUCUCCCAGAGCCAACAAGUAUCCCUGCGUCAUUUAGUAGAUGAGUUUGUUUCCUUAUCAGUAGUCGUUGAUUUUUCCGAGGGAUAUCUUCGCUACCAGUGCGGGGAGACGAAGCCUGCAAAAGUACUUGAUGUCAACAGAGUCCGGGAACCGCGAAUGGUGACCUUACCUGGAAUCAAACCUAUGAUGAAUAUUACAGUUUCGCCUGGUGCGUCCUUUCUCUUUGGUGCUGCAAAACUUAUGUUUUACAUUUGGAAAAGAAGUGCAAUGGAAACAAUUGUGUAUGACGUUUUUUUAUUCAUCAACCAAGUACAGUAA